AUGCAGUUAUUUGGCAAAGUAAAAGUUCUUCUUCUCAUGGUAUAUGUCAUUGGUUUGACAAGUUCAACAAAGGAACUUGAUCGACUGAAGUCAAUUGUCAAACAUUUAGAAACUAGACUUAACUUCGAAUUUACCCUCAGAGACGAAGAUAUUGAUGAAAUAACAGUGCGACUGAAUGGCAUCGAUAAAGUGUUAAAUGCGACCAUUGGAAAAGAACAUUCCAUACCUGAAGCGGCGACAAAAGCUAGUAAGAUUGAUUUUGAAACAGUGGAUACAUUGAAAGAGGAUUUUACUAGACUCAGGACUGCCUUCAUCGAGGAAAAAUCUGAGUCUAAUAUUACGAGACUCAGGGCUGAGUUCAUUGGGGAAAAGUCUGAGGCUAAAAGGUUCCGACGGGAAAUUCCAAAGAUUCAAAGCAAUUUGGUUUCUCUUAGCAAAGAUGUAAACAGUUACUGCAAAGCAACUGUUAAUAAUACUGAGCAAUUAUUAACCAACUUUGUAACGGCCAAAAAUAUGUCUGACGACGUUAUAUUUAUGUCUGAAAAUGAACGUAAAUUGCUUAAAAGUAUAUCAGAACAGGUACAACUAAACACUGUCAAUGAUAAGGAAAUGGCUAAACAGAUUGAAAACAUUAAAAUACUUGUAACUAAUUUAUUCUCGCACAUCAACUCCUUACAUUUUGGUAAUUCCUGUCGAAAACCAUGGGUACACCAUAUGAGCAACAUUGAAAAUGUAAUAUACAAAUUGGUACAGGGGUUUAAAGUUUACUGUGAUCAAUCUACAGACGGCGGUGGUUGGAUAGUAUUUCAAAGAAGACUGAAUGGAGAAACAGAUUUUUAUCGAAACUGGACUGAGUUUAGAAAGGGCAAGAGUCAAACAUUUAGAAACAAGACGAACUCCGAAUCUAAAUUCAGAGACGAAGAUUUUGCUGAAAUAACAGAACGACUGGACGACAUAGAUAAAGUGUUAAAUGCGACCAUUGGAAAAGAACCGCUUAAUCCUUCGGUGGUGACAAAAGCUAGUAAGAUUGAUUUUGAAACAGUGGAUACAUUGGAAGAGGAUUUUACUAGACUCAGGACUGCCUUCACCGCUGAAAAGUCUGAGGCCGCAAGUGAAUAUUUGAGUGUUCUGACAUCAAAUGGCGUAUACGAACUUCGAAUAGAGAUAGAAGAUUUUGAGGGAAACAGUGCAUAUGCCAAGUACAGUAAGUUCAAGAUAUAUCCGGAAGAAGACAAUUACAAACUGGAAGUGAGUGGAUACAGUGGGACUGCUGGAAAUUCUCUUGCAUGGCAUAAUGGAAUGAUGUUUACAACGUUUGAUAGAGACCAUGAUAAAUCGUCGUCAAAUUGUGCGAAGGAUUGGCAUGGUGCGUGGUGGUAUGAUAAUUGCCACUAUUCCAAUCUAAAUGGACAGUAUUAUAACCAGCCUGGCAAAAUAGAUAGUACUGGAAUUACCUGGUACGAUUGGAAGAAUGAUUAUAUCUGUUUGAAAAAAGUGGAAAUGAAAUUCCGUUAACUUGAUAAACUAAGAUAUUAUCACAGUUAUGAAAUUGGUAAAGUAAUACGUGUGUUGAUUUUCUAUAUGUAAACCUGUCUUUGAGGAAUGGAAACUGAACAAUGCGUGUGUUGCUUUCCUAUAUGUAAACCUGUCUUUGAGGAAUGGAAACUGAACAAUACGUGUGUUGCUUUUCUAUAUGUAAACCUGUCUUUGAGGAAUGGAAAGCUGAAACACUACGUGUGUUGCUUUUCUAUAUGUAAACCUGUCUUUGAGGAAUGGAAACUGAACAAUGCGUGUGUUGCUUUUCUAUAUGUAAACCUGUCUUUGAGGAAUGGAAACUGAACACUACGUGUGUUGCUUUUCUAUAUGUAAACCUGUCUUUGAGGAAUGGAAACUGAACAAUACGUGUGUUGCUUUUCUAUAUGUAAACCUGUCUUUGAGGAAUGGAAACUGAACAAUACGUGUGUUGCUUUUCUAUAUGUAAACCUGUCUUUGAGGAAUGGAAACUGAACAAUACGUGUGUUGCUUUUCUAUAUGUAAACCUGUCUUUGAGGAAUGGAAACUGAACAAUACGUGUGUUGCUUUCUAUAUGUAAACCUGUCUUUGAGGAAUGGAAACUGA